GCCAUCUCGCAGACGAUCUGGCAAGUUGUUGCUUGUUUCCGCAACGAUAGUGUGCAUUCUCAUAACGUUCCUAAAUUACAAUGUCCUCAAGGAACUGCCCAUGAACUCAGACCCGCAAGGAGGAUCAAUUGUUGCAGAUGUCAUUCAGAGAGUAGAAAUGCUUGAACACCAUGUUGAGAAUUCAGAAAAGCCCAACAAAGAAGAAUGCCAGGUUCCACAUGACUGGUUGUUCCCAUUUUGUGAAUCAAAGAUUCAAUACAUACAGCAACUUUGGGGAACAAAUGCAGAAUGCUAUGUUAAUAGACACAAACUGAAGCCAGAGAACCUUUGCUCUGCCAUUAUUUACCUUAGUGAGGUUGAAAGAUUUUGUCCAUUGCUGCCAUGGCGGCGGAGAAACAGUACAAGUACCAAAGAACCCAAGCUUGCAGAAAUGAGAUUUGAGUUAGAUCAGACAUUCAUAGACACCCUGAAUAAAUUGAAUUUGCGGUGGAUGCGUGAACGUAUCACAAGAAUGUGGCCUCAAUGGGUGGCAGCAGCCAAACAGUUCACAGCAGAGGGAUCGCUACGCAGGAAACAUCACGUCAAAAAGAUUUUUAUUUUCUUUGGCACGUAUGCUUAUCAACCCAUGUGGCUGGAUAUGGCUUUCACCGGUGCACCUCUGGGAGAGAUGGUUCAGUGGAGCGAUCUGGUAGCGGCGUUGUACAUAUUGGGACAUGAGGUGACACUCUCCGUGAACUCCACUACGUACCAGAGUUAUAUGUCACCUCCAAAGUCACCUGGUUGUUCUGAUGUAUUUGAGCCUGAGUUUGACCUGAUUUACACAGACUACAAUGGGUUUACCUACAUGCUGAUGCACAUUACUCCAAAUUUGUCGCCUUAUAUAUGCCGAAUAAGAAUUCUUGAUUCCUUUGGAACGGAUGCACAGUUUAACUAUGGAGCAUAUGAAGGUGUGAUACCUGGCGACAAGACAAUGUGGGCGCGAGCUGAUCUCAAUCUUCGGCAGAUCAUGACGAUGUUUCCUCAUAGUCCAGAUAACUUGUUUUUGGGCUUUGUGGUGGGUGAACCUAUUCCAGAAGACGUUAAACCAUUGAAGAAAAAACCGAUUGGACUCGUUUAUGGCAAAGACGUUCAAUUCUGGCAGGGAAAAAGAGAAUACCUUGACACGUUACAUAAAUAUCUAGAGAUACAUGGAACGUUCUUUGCUAUGUCGGAAGCAGAGAUCAAAGAAAAUGUCCCUGAGUACGUGAUAGCGCAUGGUAUUCUUAGUAAACCCGACUUGGAAAAACUUUUACAGGAAACUAAGGUUUUCAUAGGUCUCGGAUUUCCGUAUGAAGGCCCUGCACCCUUGGAGGCAAUAGCACAAGGAUGUAUUUUUUUAAAUGCCAAGUUUGACCCUCCGCAUAAUCGCCUUAACACAAGAUUCUUCAAGGUUAAACCAACACUCAGAAACCUUACAUCACAACAUCCUUACGCUGAAGUCUUCAUCGGAAAGCCGCAUGUGUUCACUGUUGAUAUUUCUAAUCUUUCACUUGUGGAAGAGGCUGUGAAGGAGAUGUUAAGAACUGAGGUCAAGCCUUACCUUCCUCGUGAAUGGACGCCUAAAGGCAUGUUGGAACGCGUGAAUGCUUUCACAGAAUAUUAUAACUUUUGUGAGCAUAUCGAGCGGUGGCCUCCAUUAUCAGAAAUGUUGCUAUUGAUGGGUGCAGCUGGGAAAUCCUGUGUUGAUGUCUGCAAAGAACGUGAACUACUGUGUGAACCGACCUUCUUUGUGGACAUUAACACUACAGAAGAUCUUAAAAAGUUUGGAAUGAAGUGUAGCGCUGUGGAGACUGAAGAGUCACUGUUAGCUCCAAGUUACGAUGUGUCAACCCACAUGUGCACGCUACAGAAACAGCCUGUCCUCUUUACAUGCGUGGCUAAAGAACCUUCUGCCAGACGCCUUUGUCCAUGCAGAGACUUUCAAACACAGCAGGUGGCGUUUUGUAAACAGUGCCAUUAGUAACUGUCUCAAAACAGCCUGCUGUACCCUCUUACUUACCCAACAAAACUGACAUCCUUGAGUUUAUCCCCUUCCCCCCAAACUAAACCGCGGAUGUACAAUAUCCCAGAUAUGUGGAACCACGCUAUUAAGGUGAUACUCCCAAGGUAACUCUUAGCAGAAAAAGCUUUGAGUUCUAAUCUUGGAGGGUUGACUGCUACAUCGGUGUAUCUUACACGGGCUUUUUAGGACGUUUUAAGAAAGAGCAUUUUAAAUUUAAAAGGAAAUAAUAAUUUAAUGAAGUCACUGAAUCUAUAUUACACAUGAAUUAUGACGAUUUCAUGUUAUUGAAGAUAAGCGAAGGAAAUUAUAUUAUUGGCAAAGCACACAGUUUAUUUAUUAGCGUCGUGUUGUCGGGGUCAUGCUGCAAAUAUUUGUCCCAAAAAAUGUCCUUAUUUACUCCGAUUUAUGCGUUGUUUGGAUGACAAAACGCUCGUUGCCUUCUUUUCGUGAAUUCCAGAGUCCUUUCUUAGUUAUAUGUCAAUUUUGUAGCCUCUCUAAUUUAUGACAUCUAUCCGUGUUUUCAUUCGCCUCUCGUCUAUUGUUUCAUUCAAUAUUUGUUUUACCACUAUAUUUGUUAGCUACUGCUCAUUCUUUAAUUCGCUUCUUAUGUGCUGUAGUAUUUUUUAGAAACAAAUUUAUUGUAUUUAUUUGUCAAAUUUAAAUAUUUUGAACAGUGGUUAACUAGAUGAUUGUAGUUAUUACCAAAAAUUUUAUAAGGGCAUAGUCCUAAUAGAAUAUUUGGGACGUAGAUUCAUCGAUUGACACUAGCUAUAUAAAUUUCUAUAAUAGUUAAGU